AUGGCAAUACUGUGGGAUCGUCAAGAUCAACUAAUCUUGUCAUGGAUCAUAUCUUCUCUUUCAGAAUCCACCAUCUCUCACGUUGUGAGCGCCACCACUUCCAGUGAUGCAUGGAACAUUCUUGCUCGAGUGUUCGCUCCAUCCUUCCGCACAAGACUGAUCGGUGACGAAGAUCUUGUUCUGGCGGUUCUCCGAGGUCUUGGAUCUGAAUACCGUGACUUCGCCACGUCCAUUCGUUUUCGUGUGACGCCUGUUUCGUUUGUGGAGCUUAGUGGUCUACUGCUCAGUCAUGAGAAUUUUCUUAAAUCAUCCGAUUUGGCCAUCUCUGAUGUUACCACUGCUAAUAAGGCAUCCACUCAGAAUUUGUCCAGUGGUUCUCGACGCUCCUCGGGAUAUCGAGGAAAUCGGUAUCGUGGCAAUCAGUAUCGAUCCAAUAGGCAACCUGCCUAUUAUGAUCAGAAUCAUUGA